ACCAGGCUAAUGAAACGAGCUAGCGACCGGAGCAAACCAUUGGCUCUCCCGACUGCCCAAGCUGGCAGGCUGUGGCGUCAGGGAAAGACCGGACUAGCGGACCUUAAAUGUGGAAAUACCGAAAGAUCAAAAGCUAAAAGACAGGAAAUUCGACAAAUGUGGUAUAUUCCACAACUGGAUUGUCCAACUCGACGAAAACCUAACUAACGGGCAACGCUGUCGGGGAGUAAAAGAGUUGAGCUAGGAUGUGGUGACGCGACUCCUCCGAAUCGACCGCAAGCUAAUGUUAGCUAAUGCGCUAACGUUACUUGACAGACUCAUCGUUUUGGUCAAGCUUCAAAGUCUUACUUUUAACUUGUGUCUUUUUUUAUUUGUUUUCACUUUGGAAAAUGUCUGGCAGAUGGACUUAAGGCAUUUUGACAUUUUGUCCACUUUUAUACAAAGUGCAGUUCGAGCUAAGUCAACUCGGUGUCGUUAGCAAAUUAGCAAGCGUUAGCCACCUAGCUGCUGGCUAGUAGCUAACGCCGGCUAACUGUUGACUCCAAACCGAUUUAAAGCAAAAGACUUUUGCUUUAAAUUAGCCAAAGGCUAGCAGUCUUAUCGCUGUUUCCACGUCGCCGUAUCAUAGCUAACUACUUAUUUUAAGCAAUUUAGCCUUUAGAAAUAUAUGUAUUCUAAAAGUAGCUGAUUUUCUAUGAAGUAAAGAAAACACUUUGAAGUCCAGAUAUGCAACCAUCGAAUCACAAGUUCACUUGCCUAAUGCUAGCUAGCUAUCGCUGAGUUAGCCGGCCGAAGCUGGAAUCGGUUUACUUUAAGGCCUUGUCUGCAGUUGAAUAUACAUCAAAAGCCUUAAUAUAUUACACUGUCUUAGGGAACUGUAGAGUUGAAUGUCUCCGUAUAUGUGAUAAUCUGUCGGUGCUCUUAUUGGAGAACCUGGACUUCGUUGACCAGCCUGUGGAGAGAUAGAAGAUUUGUCAAGAUGAUGUGUGAAGUGAUGCCCACGAUCAGUGAGACAGAAGGGCCGAGUGGGGGAGGUGGCGCUGGCCGUCAAGCCUCCGGCUCCCCACUACAGUCAGACUCUGAAGGUCAUUUUGAGUCUCUGAUGGUGUCCAUGUUGGAGGAGAGGGAUCGUCUUCUGGAGACUCUGAGAGAAACUCAAGAAACUCUGGGCUUGGCUCAGGGUAAACUGCAUGAAGUCAGUCAUGAAAGGGACUCUCUUCAGAGACAACUCAACUCUGCUUUACCUCAAGAGUUUGCAGCGCUGACAAAGGAGGUGAACAUGUGCCGCGAACAACUUCUGGAAAAGGAGGAGGAGAUUGCAGAACUUAAAGCGGAGAGAAACAACACACGGCUCCUCUUGGAGCACUUGGAGUGCCUGGUUUCUCGUCAUGAGCGUAGUCUGAGGAUGACUGUAGUAAAACGACAAGCUCAGUCUCCAGCAGGGGUCUCAAGUGAAGUGGAAGUCCUCAAAGCCCUUAAGUCACUUUUUGAACACCACAAAGCCCUUGAUGAGAAGGUAAGGGAGAGACUGCGCGUUGCUUUGGAAAGAUGCAGUGCUUUGGAGGAACAGCUUACAAUGUCGCACAAAGAAUUGGCUUACCUCAGGGAGCAGAGCUUCCAUAAGAGAGGAUUGGCAGAUGGAACCAGUGAGGUCAACCACAACUCUGAAAAUGCACCAAGCACGAAUGGAAAGCGAUCAUCAGAUGGCUCUCUUAGUCAGGAGGAUGAAUUGGGCCUUGGUUUCGGCAAGGUUGGGGAACUCCAAGAGGUGGUGGACCGUCAGACAGCUGACCUGGGCCAGAUGAAAGAACGCAUGGCUUCAAUGGCAUCCCGAAUCAAUGAGCUGGAGGAAGAUCUGGACACUGCCAGAAAAGACCUCAUCAAGUCUGAAGACAUGAACACACGACUACAAAGAGACCUAAGAGAAUCAUUGGCUCAGAAGGAGGAUAUGGAAGAGAGGAUCACUACUCUAGAGAAGCGCUACCUGGCAGCUCAGCGGGAGGCUACCUCUGUUCACGACUUGAAUGACAAGCUGGAGAAUGAAGUAGCUAACAAAGAGUCCCUCUUUAGACAAACUGAAGACCGAAACCGGCAGAUGCAAGAGAAACUAGAGCUAGCUGAGCAAAAGCUGCAGCAGACUAUCCGCAAAGCAGAGACGCUGCCUGAGGUGGAGGCUGAGCUAGCACAAAGGGUAGCUGCCCUCACGAAGGCAGAGGAACGUCAUGGCAAUGUGGAGGAAAGACUGAAGCAGUUAGAGGCCCAGUUGGAGGAGAAAAACCAAGAACUUCUCAGGGCGAGGCAGAGGGAGAAGAUGAAUGAGGAGCACAACAAGCGUCUCUCUGAAACAGUGGACAAGCUCCUGUCUGAGUCUAACGAAAGACUCCAGCUUCAUCUCAAAGAGAGGAUGUCUGCUCUGGAGGAUAAGAAUGGCCUCAUAAGGGAACUGGACCACACCAAGAAGCUGAUCGAGGAGUCUCACCAUGAAAAGGAGCAACUCUUGAUUCAGAUUGAAACAAUGAGGGCAGAGAAUGAGCAAGGAAGGAGCAGGAGCAACUCUUUAUUACACGGACGAUCGCAGCUGGGAAGCACCCCAGACUUCAGGUACCCAGUGUCUGCUUCCUCUAUGAUGGACAGCAACUCAGACCACUAUGGUAGUGCUCUUGUUUUGAGGCGGCCCCAAAAAGGACGUGUGGCAGCACUUCGGGACGAGCCAUCCAAGGUGCAGACACUUAAUGAGCAGGAGUGGGAGCGUGUGCAGCAGGCCAAUGUGCUUGCUAAUGUGGCCCAGGCAUUUGAGAGUGACAUGGAUGCUUCUGACCUAGAAGAGGAUAGAGAGACUAUCUUCAGCUCAGUUGACCUUCUGUCCCCCGGUGGUCAGGCCGAUGCACAGACUCUAGCUCUAAUGCUACAGGAGCAGCUUGAUGCUAUCAAUAAUGAAAUUAGAAUGAUUCAAGAGGAGAAGGAAAACACAGCUAUCCGAGCUGAGGAAAUCGAGUGUAGAGUGGGCAGCAACGAGAGCCUUGGAGGACGUUUUCGCUCCAUGAGCUCCAUACCACCUUCACUCUGUGCAGGCUCUUCAAUUGGCAGCUCUCCUCCAGGUUCUGGCCACUCAACCCCAAGGCGUAUUCCUUGCAGCCCCAACAGAGAAUUAGACCGGAUGGGUGUCAUGACCCUGCCUAGUGACCUGCGCAAGCACCGCAGGAAGUCUGCCCAGGAUGACAAAGCCACUAUCCAAUGUGAGACUUCACCCCCUACCACUCCACGCUCCAUGCGACUUAAUAGGGAAGCAGGGCAUGCUGCCAGCAAUGAGGACAUAAGAGACAUCAGAGGUUUGAUUGGCUUGCAAGAUGGCCAAGGUAGUAACCCCAGCAGCAGCAACAGCAGUCAGGACUCUCUCAACAAAGCAGCCAAGAAGAAGAGCAUUAAGUCUUCUAUUGGACGCCUAUUUGGGAAGAAGGAGAAGGGCCGGCCUAGCAUUCCUGGAAAGGACUCUCCCAGCCAAGCUGGCACUCCUGAGGCAGAGAGCUCACCCAAAGAUGGCUUAGGAAUGGGGACCCUGGGAAGUCCUGCAGAAAAAAACAGAAAACUGCAGAAGAAGCAUGAACUGUUAGAUGAGGCACGCAGGCAGGGCCUGCCAUUUGCCCAAUGGGAUGGACCAACUGUUGUCGUUUGGCUUGAGCUGUGGGUGGGCAUGCCAGCUUGGUAUGUAGCUGCCUGCCGUGCUAAUGUGAAGAGUGGAGCCAUUAUGUCAGCGCUAUCUGACACCGAAAUACAGAGGGAGAUAGGCAUCAGUAACCCGUUACAUCGUCUGAAACUUCGUCUUGCUAUUCAGGAAAUUAUGUCCCUCACCAGUCCCUCUGCCCCUCCCACCUCAAGAACGACCACAGCAAACGUUUGGGUCACACAUGAAGAAAUGGAAAGUUUGGCAGCAACACCUUCUACGGAGGAAGACGAAAAUAUCUGGGCCCAGACAUUGGCGUACGGAGACAUGAAUCAUGAAUGGAUUGGCAAUGAAUGGCUGCCCAGCUUGGGUUUACCACAGUAUCGCUCAUAUUUCAUGGAGUCCCUGGUGGACGCCCGCAUGCUGGAUCAUCUUACAAAGAAAGACCUCCGAGGACAGCUGAAAAUGGUUGACAGCUUCCACAGGAACAGUUUUCAGUGUGGAGUGAUGUGUUUAAGGAGACUCAACUAUGACAGAAAGGAGCUGGAAAGAAGAAGGGAAGACUCUCAGCAAGAGUUUAAUGAUGUGCUGGUGUGGAGCAAUGAGCACGUGAUAAAUUGGGUUCAAGCAAUCGGGUUGAAAGAGUAUAGUGCAAACCUGUAUGAAAGUGGCGUCCAUGGCGCACUGCUGUCCCUAGAUGACACCUUUGAUCACAACUCCCUGGCACUUCUGCUGCAAAUUCCUACACAGAACACUCAGGCCAGAGCAACCCUUGAGCGGGAAUACAACAGUCUGCUGGCCAUCGGCACAGACAGAAGGAUGGAAGAGGAUGAUGACAAGAAUUUUCGACGUGCUCCCUCAUGGAGAAAAAAAUUCCGGCCCAAGGACAUGAGGGGGAUGUCUUUGGGUGCGUCGGAUACCCUGCCUGCCAACUUCAGGGUGACCAGCAGCAAUGCUUCAUCUCCCUCCACACAGCCAAAGAGGAGCCCAAUAGAUGGGAGUCAGUCUAUACAGAGGCUGGAUACUGCAACAGUCAGGACCUACUCUUGUUAACAUAAACCUCACACAACGUUUAUCCUCAUUAUUUCUAUAGGUAACCGCUGGUCUGAGGAUGAAGGGGAGUUCCCUGUUUUCAAGACCAGGAUGAUGAACUAAACUGAUUUUUAAGGACACUAAAAAAAAAUUCAUCACAGAUAAUGUUCAUACUCAACAAUCUCAGUAUCCCUAGAGGACACUGAGUAGAUUUUUCCACAUUUCUUAUAUGUAGACUAUGUAUACCAGUGAGACUUUUAAAAUGAUUACCAUAAUACUAUGUGAUUUUUUUUUUUUCUCUAUCCCUUUAAUCAACACGCUUUUUAAAAUUACAUUUCCCCACUGUGCUCUCAAAUGUAUGUAACAGAAUAUUUCUGGAGUUUGUAUAUUUCUACCAACAGACAUUUUCUAAUCUUUUUUUAUAAUCUUGACUGACCAGAUGUAUGUGUUUUUCCUACGUUGAUUUGAAAUAUAAUUAAUGAGUAAGUGACUUGUGAUAUAAUUUAAUUUUAUAUCGUUACGCGUUUUUAACUUGUAUUUUUGUAGCUUAUUACUGGCGAUCUUCAUGUAAAUAUAGCUCUAAAUAUAGGUCAGUGGAUGUGUGAAUAUCAGAUAAAUUACUGUAGACUGUUUCACAACCUGCUCAAAACUGUGAGUGCGCAUCACCAUUAAAAUAACUUUUGGCAAGCCAGGGGAUGUUGACAGAUAUCUUGUGAAACACAGUAUAUUUUCCACAUAUAUGUGUGUAUAUGUGAUACCAAAUGUAAAGUCUAGAAUUUAAGAACUAAAGCCAUAUAUCUGUAGCAGAAAAACACUACUUUCAAAUGAAAGCAAAAGUCCAGGUUCUCCCUUGCUGACCAUGCAUGGAGCAAGGCUCUACAACACAGGUAUACACUAUUUGUUUUGAUGGACCAAUUUCACUUCAGUUACUGCAACUACUCUCAAAGAGGUUCGGUUCACCCAAAAAACUUUUUUUAAACUUUAUAAUACGCCUUUGUUUCUUAACCCCAUACUCUCUUGUGUUCUUAUUUAUUACAUGUUUAUGUUGUCUCCUCACCAUCAUAUCUUAAUAUAAUAGCUCUAUAUUUUCUCCCUGUCGGUCUUGUCUGCUCUUACAACACAGGUUCCAAUUUAAGGAUUAAGGAACCGAAGCGUUUUCUUUAACCCGUCUGUAGUCAAAUGCUAGAUAGAAAUGAUGUCAUCAUGUAUGUAAUUUUGUCCUUAUGCACAGUGCAAGUCAUGUUGCUAUUUUGUUUCCUGUUCUUUGAAUUAUUUCAUCUUGUAACAAUGAUGUACAGUCUGAGUACUUAUAAACUAUUUUUAUCACAGUAUUUAUUGCCUAUGUUGAAUAAAAUCAUGAAACUUAAUUUCUUUUACAGAUGAAGACU